CAAAAUCUAAACACAUGUGAAGUGCACGUAAAUAAAUUUGUUAAUUAUUAUUAAUUAAAUAAUGUCUGUUAAUGUAACGUACGUAUCAGCAAACUGCAACCAAACAGCAGCUGUUGCGGAUUGGGGAGUAAAUAAUCAAAUAUGCUAUGGUUCUUCAAAUGCUGUACUAAUCUAUGAUGUCUUUGACAACAGAAGAGUUUUAUUCACUUUACAUGGUCACAAGGGAAGAGUGAACAGUGUGAGAUGGAUACGAGACUGUGACUAUGAAUCAGAAUGUGUGUCUGUAUCUGUUGAUAAUACUGUUAUUGUUUGGAGCUUAAGUAAUGGAAAGUGGUCUUCUGCAACACUUACAGGACAUGAAGGCAUUGUCAAUGUUGUUGAUGCUUUAUACAAAUCACCCGAUAUGAGUAAUGCUGUUGUGGUUUCUGCUGGUGCAGAUUCUAAUAUCAUAAUUUGGACUAGGCAAACUCUCAAAAGUGAAUUUGUAUUAUCUCAAUCAAUUAAUCUUGGGUACAAUAUUUGUUUAACUUUGAGAUUAGCAAAGCUUCCAAAUUGUGAUAAGUUGAUAAUGGCUACUUCGAAUGAUAAUUCAAAAAUUAAUUUGUAUUCUGAGAUAGAUGAUAAAUUUGAACAUAAAUCUACCCUUAAAGGUCAUGAAGAUUGGGUCAGAGGUUUAGAUUUUAAAAUUAUUGAAAAUGAUGGUCUACUAUUGGCGUCUUCGUCUCAGGAUAACUUCAUUCGAAUUUGGAAGUUCACGUUAGCAGCAAAACAUAGCAAGAAAACGGAAAAUGAUUAUUUUACGCUUAACGAAUUCGAAGUUGCCAACGGGAAAUAUAUUAUUGAUUUAGAAACGAUUUUGGCUGGUCACGAAGGAUGGAUAUACUCGGUUAAUUGGAGUCAAAAUGAAGAGAAAUUAUUAUCUGCUUCUUUGGAUAAAUCUAUGAUCAUUUGGGAGCUGAACAAAGAAGCGAAUCUUUGGCUUGAAAACGUGAGGGUUGGUGAAGUCGGCGGAAAUACUUUAGGUUUCUAUGGAGGAAUGUUCAGCAAGGAUGGUAAAGCGAUUAUGGGUCAUGGUUAUCAUGGUUCUUUCCACCUCUGGUUGCUGGAUGAAGAUACGAACAGCUGGACACCACAGGUUACAGCUGGAGGACACUUUAAUGAAGUUGUUGAUCUUUCUUGGGAUCCUUUGGGUUCAUACGUGAUAAGUGCUUCUUACGAUCAAACGACUAGGAUACACGCGCCUUGGCAGAAAGAUGAAAUAGUGACUUGGCACGAAAUUGCGAGACCACAAGUACACGGUUACGAUAUGAGCUGUUUAGCUAUUUUAGGACGAUAUUCGUUUGCAUCUGGAGCGGAAGAGAAAAUCGUUAGGAUCUUCCAAGCUCCUGAGAACUUUGUAGAAAAUUUUAAUAGAAUUUGUCGAUUGGAUGAAACACAUAGUGAAUAUAAGGCACCAAAAGGAGCAUCGGUUCCGUCUUUGGGAUUAUCCAACAAAGCUGUUUUCGAGAAUGAUAACGCAGAUAAAGCAACGGUAAAGAGCAAGAAAGAUGUAUAUCCAGAGGAAUCCCAUUUCACUGCCAUCGAAAUGCAAGAACCACCCACGGAAGAGACUUUACUUCAGAACACGCUUUGGCCUGAAACCCAGAAGCUUUACGGUCACGGAUACGAAAUAUUCUCUUUGGCUUCUUCACCAGAUGGAAAACUAUUAGCGACCGGUUGUAAAGCUUCAACCAAAGAGCACGCAACCAUUCUGUUAUGGGAUACACAAAAUUGGAGUAUAGUGCAGAAGUUUGUUAUGCACACGUUGACCGUAACGCAGAUUUCCUUUUCGCCGGACUCUACCAAAAUCCUCUUAGUUUCCAGAGACCGUCGCUGGUCCUUGUUUUCACGUUCUUCUGAAACAGAAAGCUUUCAAUUUGAAGGAACCACCGAUAAGAAAACUGGUAUACACUCAAGAAUCAUUUGGUGUUGCAAUUGGACUCACGACUCCAAGUUCUUCGCGACUGGAUCACGUGAUGGUAAACUUGUGGUAUGGACUAAGAAUUCAGAAUUACCAAUGUCCGCUUUGGGACAGUACGAGGCAGCCUCUGAAGUACUUACCUUAAAAACACAAUCGAUCACAGCUUUAGCGUUUGCUCCGCAAAAGAUUGCUGAUAAGUACAUGCUGGCGGUGGGAUUGGAAAGUGGUUGCAUAAUGAUAUACCAUUGGGACAAGAGUGGUUUUAAGGAACUCGUGAAUAUGAGUCAAACAUUCGCGCAUCAUCUUACGGUGAAGAGGUUAGCUUUCAGGCCAAUCUUGGGAAAGGCUGGAUUCGAGUUGGAUGAAGACGACAUACAGUUGGCUAGUUGCAGUUCCGAUUAUUCCGUGAGAAUCUAUGAUAUUUAUUUAUCAAAAUUGGUCUACAGUGAAAGUUGAUCAUUUUUUUGUUAAUAUGAG